AUGGAGCAGGUAAUUUUGGGAAAUCUCGUCCAGUGACGUGGCUGCUGACAUUCGUUUGACUUUGUUUUUAUCGUGACUGCAUUUGGUUGACAGUAUGAGAAGGUAGAGAAGAUUGGGGAGGGGACUUACGGAGUGGUGUACAAGGCUCGCGACCGCCUGACCAAUGAGACCAUAGCUCUUAAAAAGAUCAGGCUUGAGCAGGAGGAUGAGGGUGUCCCAAGCACCGCCAUCCGAGAGAUCUCCCUUCUGAAGGAGAUGCAGCACUGUAACAUAGUCAGGUUGUGAACUAAGUUAAUUCUUGCUUCUCUUCGUUUUUCUCAAGCUGUUGGAGUGUUUUCUGGAUUAUAUAUUUCUUUGUUUGAGUUUUAAAUCCCAAACAAUCCUUGAUACUUUGAAAAAAUAGUUCUGUCAAAGGAGCCGUUGAUUAUUCUAUUGAUUGUGAACUGCUAGUAUAGUUUCUUCUGGUGUAGAUAUUAUUUCUUGAUGGAUAUCAAUAACUAGAUUGUUCUUUGUCACGAAUUCAAGGACCAAGUGUACCGAGCAAGUGAAUAUAGUUGAGCUCCUGAUUAUGUAGAGAAAGAGUACCGGAAACAACAAUUAGAAAUUACAAUUAGCCUAAAAAGUGUUCAAUUUCUCAGUUCGUUGGUUUGGAAUUUAUGAUGCUUUACUGCAGCGUGAGGAGCAUGCAGUUUUUAUUUCUUGUGAUCUUAUUCCUGGAAAGUACGUUGAUUCUCCUUAGCAUUGAUCCGAAACUGAUUUUCUUGUUAGAAAGAUAAUGCAAUAUAGCCUUGUCUGUUGCUUGUUUUCAUCUUUGACGGGCGAGGAUUUCAAAUUCAGCCCUUGCAGCAUCAGAUUCGAUUUUUUUUUUCCUAAGAUGCUUAAGAGUUGAUUCAUGGUUCACAAUUCCCAAUUUUAGCCGACUGACUUUACUAGCAUUUGUAACACCAUGUUCUGGGUUCACAUUAGUUUCACUUAACUUUAGUAGCUGCAGCGAUCAUUGCACUGCUUAAUUGUCCUUUUCAGGCAUUCACGAAUCGCGGGAAUUUUCUUUUCCUUCAAUGUUCCUGAACAUAAUUGAAAUUGGAAAAAUAAGUUAAUGUGCCAGUAUUUCAUGAAAAAUUUCAGCUAGAAUUUGUUGAAUGAUGUUCACUCGCAUCUUGAGAACGGUAUCCUUAAACAUGUUUUGGCAUAGAUCCUGGGCUAUGCAUCAGAGAUGACGCCGAAGCAUGAAUUUCAAAGGCUUCAUUACAUAAUCUUAAUUUAUGAAUUCAAAGAAAAUGGGGUCAGGUUCAACCUGCUAGUUUCGCUGAGAAGUAUACACAUUUACGAAAUUUAAUAUUGCUUCUAUACGAAUGGUUUACUACUUCACAGUGUUGAGAAAAGGGAGAUAUAUGUGUUACUUGUUUGCUGGGAACAUGUAAUGAUUUUCCUUCGUAUAUUUUUAAUCCAACUAGUUCAACUGACUCUUAUAGCUUAAUAAUUCUAUACAUAUUUUGAUGUAAGAUUUCUAUGUAGUGUGGAAGGGACUUCAAAGUCAUUGGCUGAAUGCUUGUUAAAAUUAGUAGUACUGUUGGGUGUAAAUAAAUCAAUGAUUAUUGAUGUAUACAGUCAUUACCUUUAGGUGUGAGCGAUUUUUUGGCUUCUGUCCAUACUAACUUUUGACCAAAUGAAAUCUAAAUUUAAAGAGGAAACAAGUUUUUUAUUACACCUGCAAAUUUGAUAUCACUAAAGCUCAAGUGGUUUCUUUUUUGGUUCUUUAUUAAAAAUGGCUUUGAGCUGUUUGGUGAGAAAAUAACGUGGUAAAUAGAGUUUCCAUCUCUGCAAACUAUACAAGAAAAUAAAUAAAAGAAAAGGUACAGUCACCAAAUGGAUCUCAAGCAUAAAAGCUUCCUCAGUAUAUGUAAAAUUCUCCGUCUAAAUGAUCAGAAAAAAAUGAAAAAUAAGCUUACAGUGGUCAUGUUAGACUGCUAUGCUUACAUGGUAUAUGUAAUGAGGUAACUUAGUGAACAGAUUCCUCCCAGAUGCAGAUGAUUUGACCGCCUACUGUGGUCUGAUUCUAUUUGAAGACCAAUCAGUAAGAACAUUAGCUGUUUACAUGUAUCCUAGAUCACUGCCUGUUGUUGUUAUUUGGCUUUAUAAGAUGCUAUAUGCUUAUAUUGUGUUAGUUGGUUAGAAUUAUGGAUAUUUGAAUUACAAGCACAUUGCACAUCAAGAACACGAAAUGCUUCACAAUAAAAGCGUCUCAAAAGCUACCGUUCAUCGAUUUUAUUGGGCAAUUUUAUUGCUAUUGUCUUCAUUCUGAAUUCUUUCCGGUGAGCAUUUUUUCUUUUGAAAAUUUGCGUUUUUUUAUGCAGGUUUUCUGUGUUCAAUAUGUGUUUGAACAUGCUUUUCAAUAGCACUCCUUCUUUUCCCUCUUGUUGUAUGAAACUUGGAUGGCUUUUUUUCUUGAGAUUAAUCUUCUUGUAGUAUUGUGUGAAGCCUUAUGUAACCAUCACUUAGAGAAAUAGUAACGUUGGCUUUACAGAUUGCAGGACGUGGUCUACAGUGAGAAACGAUUAUACUUGGUUUUUGAGUAUCUAGAUUUGGACCUGAAGAAGCACAUGGACUCUUGUCCUGACCUCGCCAAAGAUCCUCGGUUGAUAAAAGUAAGUAUUUUUUUUCCUUCCUCACUGUUAACCAUGCCCUAUAUAUGUUAAAUAGACAUAGACACUGAUGCAUGUGUGAGAUAGAUUCUUGUCUAUAGUUUCACUGGCGGUAGGGGACAGUGUCAACCCUUUUCAGGCGAAUCGGUUUCAUAUUUAUGCAGUGGUACAAUGAAAUGUAUUUGUACAACUUUUUUCAAAUGGAAGUAUAAAAUGUAACUUCACAUAAUUGAACGAGCGUAAUAUUUGGUCCACAUGAUACAGCAUGCAGAUUCCGAGCUUAUCCACAAGACUGUUGGAAAGCAUAGUGUGUACAAUUAGCAUGGCACUGUCCUUGUCUUGAACAUAAUUUAUGAACUGAAUGCUACACAAAGUUACCUAAAAUUGCCCUUCAUUAGGAUGUAAGACUCAUCACUCCAGGGAUAAUGAUGGCUGCGUCUGAGGAAUGAUACUUUGUCCUUCAUCUGAGUUUUAGAUGUGCAAAACUUGAGACUCUCAUGAAAGAUUCCGUUCUGCGGUCUUUUGGAUCCCAAUGUUAAUUAAAUACACUUUCCAUCAAGUAUAUAAUCCUGCUGACAGUGGUCCAGCUAAAAUCAUAUUUAGUUCAUAUCUGAAAGGACAUUGCCACUGAAUCAACAAUAAACUGUCACAACGGCACUUUUUAUGCAAUUCUUUGGUUUUAGUGUAUUCGGUGAUGUCAUUUUCUGAGAGUAAAUCCUAAGAAUAUAUAUACAGGCUCAGAUGCUUUCGAAGUAUACAAAUGACUCAGUAGCUUCCUACCAUUGAUUUAUGUAUUAAAGUUUUUUUAAGACUCUGAAAUGGACAGUAAUCAAUUCUUUUAUAGGUUAAGUACUCGAUCGACUUAAAAUAAGUCUAUUAUUUCAGGGAUUAAAUGCCAGCAAUAAAAAAGGCGAACUUGUUAAUAAUACCUCACUUUACUGGGGCCGGAAACUAACCAACUCUUCUUGAAGUUACAUAACAUUUUCAACAUCUUUAAACAGCAGCCUUUUAAAAAGUAAAAAGAUAUUGCUGGCGGUUUGGUUUCUCCAUUGAGUUGUAAAACAGGACAGUUAUUCCUGAAGGCAGGUUGCAUUUUUUUUUAUACUUGUGAUUCAAUGUGUAUCAAACUUAUGUUCACUGGUAUUGGCAACUUAGAGAGCCCUGAGCUUGUGAUUGCAUCGUAGUACUCCUAUCAGCAUGCUUGUGAAGCUUGAGAAUUUUCAUAAAAAAUUGCAAUUAUCCAUUUUCAGUGUGUUCAAGCAAAGUAUGUGGCGGUAUAAUUGUGAUUUUGUUUAUGGCUAGAUGUAUGGGAUGACUCUUGCCUUCUCUUUUACAAAAUGCCCUGCAAUUUCCGCCAUUUUGAAGGAUUGUUCAUUCACUUUGCAGACAUUUCUCUAUCAGAUUCUUCGUGGUAUUGCCUACUGCCACUCACAUAGAGUUCUUCAUCGGGAUUUGAAACCACAAAACUUGCUAAUAGAUCGCCGCACUAAUGCUCUUAAACUUGCUGACUUUGGGUUGGCGAGGGCAUUUGGCAUUCCUGUCCGCACAUUCACUCACGAGGUAGAGUCCCUUUGCAAUUUCCUUCCUCUGGUUUUACAGAUUGGCUGCUGCAUGAAUCGGUGUAGUCUCGUACCAGGAGUGCUUUUACUAGACAUUCAGCACUAGUUCUUGAAUAAGAAACACAUUUCUCGUGACGUUUGGAGUAUAUUUUUUGGACUAUAUCUUUGAUAGCUAUAGUGCGCUAUCACAUGUGAAUAAAUUGUGGUUUAUCGGUUGAUAGUUGACAAUACUCUCAUAUUUUUGCUUGUAUUCGGUUGAUCUUUAAUGAUCGAUUUAUCUCCAAUGAAGAAACAAAGAAAUCAUUUCACAUGUUCCUCUGUUCCCUUCUUUUCUCUCACAGGGGAUAGCCGGUCUAUUUAGUUGCCUCCUUGGCCUCUUACUGUUGAUGCAUAUCCCAGAUGUCCUCCAUUCAAACUUUUUCUAGAGGAAAAUGUGCAUAAACUUGAUGAAGUUGGGUGUCAGUGUGAUGUAUCGGUCUUCCUUUCGUGGAUUAACAUAUGAACGAGCUCAUCCAGCGUAAAUUCUUGUCAGAAUAGGAUGUGAGACAAUAUGAAACGGUGUUUUGAGAGAACCGAGAUGGAGUUUUCGGGUAUAGCUCUGUUGCAAAAUCGUUCAAAAUAAAGCGUCUGUAAAUAAUGUACGACAUUUGACCGCCACCUGCCAUUUUCUUUCCAUUCAUCUCCGGAUUCUCCUCAUUGCAGGUGGUAACCCUCUGGUACAGGGCGCCAGAAAUCCUACUCGGGUCCCGCCACUACUCCACCCCUGUGGAUGUCUGGUCUGUGGGCUGCAUUUUUGCGGAGAUGGUAAACCAGAGGCCAUUGUUUCCUGGGGAUUCUGAGAUUGACGAGCUCUUUAAGAUCUUCAGGUGUCAGGAUAAGCCGAUGCUCAUAUUUUAAAGCUACAAAUUGGCAUAACAUUUCAAUUAAUUCUCGAUUUUCCUUUUUUUUUUUUUUUUUUCUUUCAUGAAGAAUUCUGGGUACACCCAAUGAAGAAAUUUGGCCUGGGGUGACUUCUUUGCCUGACUUCAAGACUGCCUUCCCCAAGUGGCCUUCAAAGGUAUGUGUCGGUCAACCACGCAUUAUAAUGAUUUAUUCCUUGUCCAUUUAAAACAGGGCCCAGGGGGUGAAUAAUCCUCAUGGGUUUGUCUUACUUUAGCUUUGAUUGCCACGUCUUCAGCCUUUUUUGCUUGUUUUCUCGUGACAAGAUAUUAUAUAUUUUCUUUUGAAGGAUCUCGCGAGUGUGGUCCCAAAUCUUGAACCAGCCGGGGUUGACCUCCUCUCUGUAAGUGUGCUUACCCCGUUGAGUAAUCUACAAACGAUAGAUUUACCAAGGAUGGAGGAUUUCCUUGGUAAAACUCUCUUUCCAUUUGAUGCUUCUUGAUCUAUUCUGGCCAUCGCAUGCAUUUGAGUGCCUGAAAGAAUUAUCAGUUCUAUGUCGAAAUCUUUUUUCAUAUUAAAUAGCAGGAUUUGGAUAUUUUCUUAGAAUAAUGUGAAUUAUAGGAAAAUUUGAAAUAAGAUGCCAUGAUUUUUUCUAAAAAACAACGGAACAUUUUUGAAAAAUUACGAAAAACCCCCAUUUAAUUUCCUCAGUGUCUGGAAUCAUGUGGCCAAAAUUGAAAUAAACCCAAGUUAGAAGAACUUCUGGUUUCCUCUUCAUAAUAACCUCUGCGCCAGCGGCUCAUUAUUCAUUGCUCGUGGUUCCCAGAAAAUGCUGUGCCUGGAUCCAACCAGAAGAGUCACGGCUCGGGUCGCCCUCGAGCACGAAUACUUCAAGGACCUCGGGGUGGUGCCUUGA